AUGAAAAAAAUCUUCAAAAAAGUCACUGUUAGUUUCCUGAUUGGCGCGGCCUUGGCUGCUCCUAUCUCCUUUGGAAAUUCUCUGAAUAAUAGAGCAAUCGAUGCUAUUGCAUCUUCGUUGGCCGCUACAAACACACUGGAUGACAACGAUGGGGUCGGAAAUGGCGUUGAUACGUACACUGCUUAUUCCGGAGACGGGUCGACUGCUGCUGGCUGGCCUUCAUAUUCUCAGUGGGAGUCUUUUGAGAAUAUGUGGACGAAUAACAAGCCCGUUAUUUCCCAAUCCUGCACCCAAUUUGGCCAGGAAAAUCCGUCAGAGCAAGAAAUGAAUGACCUCCACGAUUCCAUUCAGCAGGUGGCGACUGAAACCAAGGUCGACCACCGCUACAUUCUGGCUAUUAUUAUGCAAGAGUCAAAAGGUUGCGUCCGUGUCCCAACGACAAACGUGGUUGUUAGCAACCCUGGCCUGAUGCAGGAUCACGGCGGAACUGGCACCUGUGCCGGAAUGAAUCCAUGUCCGAAAGACAACAUUGUGCAAAUGAUCCAUGACGGAGCAGCAGGUACUGCAGGUGGAGAUGGUUUGGCAUCUUUACUUGGCGACUCUGUGACAUCUUCUCUGCAGGAUGAUGUCGCACAAGGCUACUAUAGGGCUGCUCGUGCAUAUAAUUCUGGCUCUGUGGCGUCCUCUGGUCAACUACAGGAUGGGAUAGCUACUCACUGCUAUGCAUCUGAUAUUGCUAACCGGCUUGUAGGCUGGGUUAAAGCGCAGCAUAAUUGUCCAUUUGAUAAUAAUUCUUAG